UAUAUUUGCCUUUAUAUUGCUUUUCUGGAUUGGAAUUUCUUUUUCAUUCUUAAAUUACGUUAACAGAGGAGAGAAUUGUCAGCAACUUGGCUCGGAUCGUGGUGAUCAUAUGGUUAUUUGUGGUGCUGAUUCUUACUCAAAGUUACACAGCCAGCUUGACUUCAAUGUUAACAGUUCAACAGCUCAACCCAACUAUCACUGAUAUAAAUGAGCUCAUAAAGAAGGGGAAGCGUGUAGGUUACCAAUAUGGCUCUUUCGUUUAUGAAUUCUUGAUCAAGUCGAUGAAAUUUGAUGAGUCCAAUCUUGUAAAGUAUGAGUCACCAGAAGAACUGGAUGAAUUAUUUUCAAAAGGUGGAAUUACUGCUGCAUUUGAUGAAAUCCCUUACAUGAAGAUUUUCCUUGCAAAAUAUUGCUCCAAAUACACUGCAGUUGGACCAACAUACAAGUUUGAUGGGUUUGGAUUUGUCUUUCCAAAGGGUUCACCCCUUGUAGCGGAUGUUUCAAGGAAAGUUUUAAGCGUGACCGAGGGAACUAAAUUGUUAGAAUUUGAGAAGGCAUGGUUUGGGCAAACAACCAGUUGUCCAGAGCUCACCAGCUCAGUUUCUUCAAACAGUAUCGGCCUUAAUAGCUUUUGGGGCCUAUUCCUCAUUGAUGGAGUCGCUUCAUUUGUAGCUCUCGUCGCAUGCAUCACCACAUUCCUUUAUGAAAAUAGAGACGCCUUAAUAAACUUGAAUCCCCCAUCUUCCAUAUGGAGAAAAAUUAAAGCCAUGGCUACACGCUUUGAUGACAAAGAUCUCAGGUCCCAUACCUUUAGAAAAAGUGAUCAAGGAACACCUUCUUUGGAGAACAAGGAACACCUUCUUCUGGACACGGUGAUCCAGUCUGUCCAAAUCGGCCGAUGUCUCCUCACAUAUUGUUUGAAUAUGAGCUUGCUAAUUUAA